AUCAUACCGCCGUCGUCAAAGUGACCCGAUGUGCACCACGUGGAGAAAUGACAAAUGGAUUUUGUACCAGCAAAUCUGCCUGCACCGCCUGCACACGAAAUCAUACGACUAGCUGUGAGAGAAAAGCAGAGUCGAGAACAGCUCGAGAUAAAAAAAGACAGUUCGAGUGGGAUAGAGACGGAGUGAGGAGCAAAGGAGACAGUAGAUGCUCCCGCCGCUCGACACUGUCCGAGGAGUGGAGGCCCCCUCCACGGGCGCUGCGUGCAGGCGGUGCAGGCAGAUUUGCUGGCGAAAGCAUCUGAACUGACAUCGCUGCUCCGGAGCGCUAGCGGCCGCUGAGCGAUUUGCUUAGAGAGCCUCUGAAGGAGAGAGUAGCAUACUAAUCACGUGAAUGCCCCCAUCGAAUCAAAAGAGACGCAGUCUCUCUGUUUUAGUGAGCCUCUGAGAGAGAGAGAGAGAGAGAGAGAGAGAGAGAGAGAGAGAGAGAGAGAGAGAGAGAGAGAGAGAGAGAGAGAGACAAACUGAUCAUGUGACCGCAUGCUUAACGCCCGCAUCGAAUCAGAAGAGACGCGGUUUGCCACUCUCUCCCUCAGAGGCUCUCUAGAUUUACUCAAUCCCUUUGUCCGCGCCCUAUUUAAAUCAGCGCACAGAGGCCGAAGCGUCACUUUUUUGUCACCUUUCUCGUCAGUCACUAAUUCUUUAAUUUUCGCGUCAGUUUAUAAAUUCAGUGAUCAACCUCAGCAGUAUCAGCGUCUACCUCCGACGACCUUUUGGCUGAAUCAAACUCGAACUUAAUUAUAUUAAAAGCAGAUGGCUCUAAAAGGAAUCAAAGUUUUAGAACUAGCUGGGCUAGCUCCUGGGCCUUUCUGUGGAAUGAUUUUGGCAGAUUUUGGGGCAUCUGUUAUCAGAGUAGAUAAGAUUAAAGGACAGAUGUUAGAAGAUUGUUUGGGCAAUGGAAAGAGGUCAAUAGCAUUAAAUUUAAAAUCUGAAAAGGGUAUUAAUAUUUUCAAAAAAUUAAGUGACGAAAGUGAUGUUGUUAUUGAUACAUGUAGGAGAGGAGUCAUGGAAAAAUUAAAAAUUAGCCCAAAAGAACUUAUGGUUACAAAUAAAAGACUGAUAUAUGCUAGAUUGACAGGAUAUGGUCAAAAUGGCUCUUACGCAGAUAUGGCUGGUCAUGACAUCAAUUAUUUAGGUUUAUCAGGUUUAUUGUCUUUACUUGGCCGAUAUAAUGAGAAACCUACACCACCCGUCAAUCUUGCUGCAGGUUUUGGUGGUGGUGGUUUAAUGUGCGCUCUUGGAAUAAUUUUAGCGUUGUAUGAACGAACUAAAAGUAAUGUAGGACAGGUAGUAGAUGCAUCAAUGGUAGAAGGAUCAGCAUACUUAGGAUCCUGGUUAUUCAGAUCCCAGAAAAUGGGUAUAUGGGAAAAUCCACGUGGCAGAAAUAUGUUGGAUACAGGAACACAUUUUUAUGAAACAUAUGAAACGAAGGAUAAGUGUUACAUGUGUGUUGGAGCGAUAGAACCACAGUUCUACAAAAUUUUCCUAGAGAAACUUGGUCUUUCAAGCACCGAUGUACCGCAAUUCGACAAUUUUGAAGAAAAUCGCCGCAAAAUCACGGAAAUCUUCAAAACGAAGACUCAAGCGGAAUGGUGCACUAUAUUUGAUAAUACUGAUGCAUGCGUGACACCGAUGUUAAGUUUGAAAGAUGCCACGUCGCAUCUUCACAACAAGCAGAGGCAGACAUUUACAAUUACAGGAGACGACAUAAUUCCAAAUCCUGCUCCUCGUUUAUCUCGUACACCUGGCAUUUCUCAUGGAACUGAUAAAAAUCUACAAGCGGGUGAAAACACCGUACAAAUCUUAACUGAAUUGAGAUUUCAGUCUAAUGAAAUUAACGAUCUAUUGUCAAACGAAAUUGUUUAUCAAGUGCAACUCUAAACUUAAACAUACCCCAGAACAUAUUAUCUGUCCCAGCAAACACAGAACAUAGCAGCAACAUUGCGGCAAUGUUGUAAUAUUGUAGCAAC